GCCGUCAUAAGGAUCGUAACGGACGCGACGUUGAUCUCCUCGUUCUCACCGUUACGCAAAAACGCAGCAUCUUUUUCUUCGCUCGUUUCUUCCCGUCGUCAAUUCGAGGCGAUUUGAGUGCUCUCCGAGCGUUGUGAAUGAUUUCGCCGUUGCCGGUCUCUCUUUCUCGCCGUCGAUUAGGAGUUUGCCCUCAUGGACGUCGGAAGCCCUAAAAGGGGAAAGAUUCACAAAGGGAAGAGUGUUGCAGAUGAAGGGACGGCAAUGAGCGAGCAAGCGAUGAAUGACAGACAAUGGGAGAACUUGCCUACUAACUGCUUGGUGGAUAUCUUCCAAAAGUUGAGCCUCCAUGACUUGACACUGGGUGUUCCUUUUGUGUGCAAGUCUUGGUACGAAGCUUCACUGGAUCCUAGUUGUUGGAAGAUCCUCGAUUUCAAAACUAUUGAUCCACGGCCAGGGAGCGAAUUUACUGAGAAAUUCAAGCACGAAUAUCGAUUAGAUAAAUAUCAAUUCAGGGGUUUUCUAAACUUCCUCAUUCGCCGCAGCUGCAAAUUAGCCAUUUUGCUUAUACAUCCUCCUAGUCAACGCAUCCCAAUUAACGACUUGGUCUAUAUUCUCAAAGAAUGCCCAAAGUUGGAUAUUUACAAUCCGCCACUAUCGGUGAAGAAUCCAGGUCUCAUGCGGAAAUUUAUUUUGACAGUGCACGAGACCAUAUUGAGAAGAGCUAGUUAUGAAUUCAUGUAGAAACCUUUUAUCAGUUAUUGGGUCUGUUUUCUUCACACUGUUAGUUUAUUUAAUAAAGUUUCUACCUUGAAUGUUUUGUAGUUUCAGUACUGGUUCUUAGCAUUUUAUGAAGCAUCAUCUAAGUUAUUGGCAUCUUUAUGCGUAUAAUUUGAUAGAUUUAUUUUGUUGCAAUUAUAUUUUAUCGUUAGAUAAAUUCCCUUUUCAUCGAUGAUUUACACUACGCAUUCAUAGGUCUGUUGCAUAUAUAGUUUCUGCAGAUUAUUCUUGUUAUCAGUAUGCUACAUUAGUUUGUAGAUUAAGUUAGGAUAUUAUUAUUUUUGAGACAGAAAAGUUGUCUUGCUUUUUGGAACAAACUGUAUCUGUGGGCUUUCACAGAUCACAAAUGUUCUUGCUAAUUGAUAUUUUGGUUUUAGAUUGGAUUACUGGAUGUGAUUGACAUUCUUACUUUGUCAGUUUCUUAUCUCAUCUAAUGGACACAAGUACAAGAAGAAAAUGUGUUAUUUACUGAAAUUAUAAAACCAUGUCGAAUAUUGAUGGCCCUUCAAACCAUUAGCAGUUGCAGCUACAAGAACUAUGCGGUAAUGUGUUCUCUUCUCUUCGAAAACCAAAUGUGCAUAUUCAUAUUUGAAUAUUUUCUCUUCCCUAAUGACCUAAUAUCUCAGAUUGGGGUUGGUUUAUCAAUUUUAUUUUUUGGCAUGCUCAACAUGUUGAGAAAUCGAUCAGCUUUUACUAAUGUUUUUAAUUGAGAGGUAUGGAAAAGUAUUUACCAUAGUAUUUAAUAAAGGUGGCAGCUCAAAGUAAUUCAGAUUUAGUAGGUGAAUGUUAAAAAUAUUAUACCAGGAAUAUGUUUACCAAAAUCAAAUUCUAUUACAAACUGAUUGGGUUUGGUUCGCUAAGGGCAAUACCAUCCACAUGAUCAUGUAUUCAAGAUUUAAUAGUAGGUUUUUGUGGGUAGACAAAGUAAAAUAAGAACUAAAUCUCCAUGGAUCACUAGAGAACAGGGCACAAGGGAUGAGCAGUAGGUACCAAAAGCAAGGUGACUUGGUGCUACCACUUAUUAAACAUGAUGUAUGUGGCGCCUUGAUCUUUAUACUACCCUUACAAGAACAGUGACCUUUGUUUGGUUCUACACAUAUAUAUAUAUAUAUAUAUAUAUAUAUAUAUAUGAUCAGAAGGGGGUGCUAAUAUUUCCUGGAUGUCUAAAACAAGUUAGAAGCGACUCAUAUCUUAUAAAGGGAAGCUUCUUGUUUUCUCCUCUUAUCUCCUUACAUCCAGAGUGCUGCUACAGCAUGGGUGUGCCUAAGAUGGAGGAUGGAUCUCUCUGUUGAUCAUCGCAACCCUCUUUGUGAUUUUUCUUUGUCUCGUCUUUCAUAUUGUCAAGCGUCUAUUACUCAAAAGUGACUGGUGAAGCUCAAAAUGAUCCUAAGAGACACUUGAAGGUCAUUAUACCAUGCUGGGAGCUUGUGACAGAUGAUGAGUUUGGAGGACAAUUCAGCUUAACACAACUAUUUGCAAUGGUUGGUUAUGGUGUUCAAAAUAUCAUGCACAUCUAUAUGUAUGUGCUGGUGUUGCUUCCUCUACACUUGGGGCUCAAGUCACCAAAGCAUGGAAGAGCCACCAAAUCAGUGACAUCAUUUCUCUAUGCUCUUCUAGCCCUGAUUGCAGGUUACGUUGGAACUCUACUAAUAAAAACUUUGAAGCCCAGCUGCAUGUUUUCCAGAGACUGGAUCCAGGCAUCCUCUUUGAUCACACUUCAAGUUGCUGUAACCUCGUAAAGGUUGGCACUCUCAUAAUCAAGGUGAAUGAUGCAACCAUAUCCUUUAUUAUCUCAAGCUGCAUUCUUAUGCCGAUCAUAUAUUCUUGGGAGGAUACUUGGGUAGAUAUGCAGAGCUCAUUCUUCUGCCGAUUCUUACAAACAGAACUAGUGAUAUCAUCAGUCGAUCAUCAUUUCUCAUUGUUGGAGCUGGAUAUGUUUUGUCCCUAAUCUGUGAUGUUGAGGUGAUAAACAUCUUAGAAAGCAGCUGGCAUCAGAACUCACUUCUGGAGUCCGUCCCUGUACUUCUUGUCCAUACAAUUACCAUAGUAUCAGUGUGCAGCAGUGGGCUUGUUCUGAUGCAUAUGCAGCUCAGCACAGGGGAAGUACGCUGCCGCCAAUGGUGGAAAGCUUUCCUUUCGUUUGGCUUUGGAGCUCCAUUUGGGCUCUUACUAUUCUUCAGCAGCAUCAGGUGGCAAUUGCUUGUCAUUGGAAAUUGGGAUGGUCAUGCUCUACUCGCAGCAAACUUGAUCAGCUCACUUGUCACAGGUUUAUGGGGCGUGCUGACUUUGGGCACAUUCGGCCUUGUUCUGAUAUUUAUGAUCUAUUACGUUUCCUCGAGAACCCAUGAUGCAUGCCCUUCAAGAACACAACAGAGAAACUAGCACUAAUAUCACUGUUCUUAGAGUAUCUCUUAUGAGAAUACAAAUACUGGUAAGAGAAGGGAAUAAUUUUUGUGUGUGCUAGUGUUCCAUCUGUUUCUUUAAGACCACCAUCUUGUGGUUGAUUAUGCCACAUGGAACCAGUGAGGGCUAUGAUGUUUGAUCAAACUUUUCUGCCUUUGUUGCUUAGUACAGUAAUCCAUAAAAAAAAUAUCAGUUUAUUUUUUA